AUGAGCUCAAGAAGAAGCGGGACUCCCUGUGCGGGGCUCCUAGGCGUCUACCCGGACUUCUUGCAGAAGUAUCGCACGCCACGCGUCGCUCUCGUCGUCUUCUGCCUGGUUUCGUUCACGCGCACUUUCUCCAUGAACGGCGUCAUGAUGGUGGUGCGGCCGACGCUCGAACGGCGCUACCAGCUGAUGAGCUACGAGAGCGGCAUGAUCCUCAGCAGCAACGACGUGGCCAGCUGCCUGACCAUGCUGCCCGUGGCCUUCCUGGCCACGCACCGCAACAAGCCGCGUUUCAUCGGCUACGGCGUCGCCACGCUGGGACUGGGCAACCUGAUCGUGGCCGCUGUCCACUUCCUCUCGCCGGCUUAUGAGCUGUCGCAGGCCGAGACCGACUUGUGCCCGAUGGCUGAUGCCGUAUCGUCGUGCACGAGGUCCGGAAGCAUAAGAAACUUCCGGUUCAUGAUGAUGUUUGGGCAGCUGCUGAGCGGACUCGGUGCUACGCCCAUCAGCGCGGUCACUAUCGCGUACAUCGACGAGAACGUGCAGAAGAGGAAGUCAAGCCUUUAUAUCGGCAUCUUAAACAGCAUGGCCAUCGUUGGUCCCGCACUCGGCUUCAUCGUGGCCGGGUACACGUUGUCCUACUAUGUGGACAUCACCACCGACGUCUCCGCGCUCGGUCUGACCUCCAAGAGCCCAGCAUGGAUCGGCGCCUGGUGGCUGGGUUUUCUGAUUGCUGGAGCCAUGGGGAUCACGUUAGGCCUGAUCACCAUGUCCUUGCCGAAAUACCUACCCGGGUACGACGCGGUGCGUGAUGAGAAGAGGGCUGACCAGUCUGCCAUCUCUGUGGCGAGCACGCUUCAUUCGAGCGAGUUUGGCCAGCGCCUCACGGACCUGCCGAGGGCCAUCUGGCGGCUCCUCACGAACAUGCCUUUCGUGCUUCUCGCGUUUGCCGUGUCCUUCACUCUAUACGUGCAAAACAACAGGGUGCUGACGGGUGACCCUGACGAACCAUCCGUUGCCCGCUAA